UGUGAACAGUGUGGCUGGCAGCCGCCUUCCUUCCAGUUGCGCUCCGGAGCAGGCUGGAGGAAACACGUGCUAGGACACACACACACACACACACACAGGCGCGCGGUGUCUUCUGCAUUAGGGAACUGGCUGCUGCCGCUGCCGGUGCGUUUGCUGCUGCAAGGAGCCGGCGAGAGCUUUGGAAGAAUGUGAAGCCGGUGCCGUCUCCCAGGGGCAGCCAGUGGGCUGGGACUAACUGGAGGAGUCCUGGUUAUGAAGAUUAUGAUCACAUGUGCAGCUCUGCCUAGCUGUUCCCUUGGAGACGAUGGUGGUUCCCUAGAGAAUAGGUGGAAAUGCCUGGGUAACCAUCAGCUUCCUGCUCUUUUUAUCCAAAAGAUUCUCUAACUACUUUUUAACAACUCUCCGUUUUAUUCCAUCAUGUUGUCUCUACCAGCUUAAACUAUUUCCUAAGAUGGUCCUUUUGCUGUUCCUUGCAAUCCUGUUAUCGAAGGAAGAUGCCAGUGGGAACUUUGGGUUUUUGGUUUCUGCACAGUCCAAUGAAAGAAGGGUGGUUGCACAUAUGCCUGGUGAUAUUAUCAUUGGAGCUUUGUUUUCUGUCCACCAUCAGCCAACUGUUGACAAGGUCCAUGAGAGAAAAUGUGGAGAGGUAAGGGAGCAAUAUGGCAUACAGAGAGUGGAAGCGAUGCUUCAUACCCUGGACAGAAUUAAUCUGGACCCAACACUGUUGCCAAAUAUCACGCUAGGCUGUGAAAUAAGGGACUCUUGUUGGCAUUCUGCCGUGGCUCUGGAGCAAAGCAUUGAGUUCAUAAGGGACUCUCUUAUUUCAUCCGAAGAAGAAGAGGGGAUAGUGCGCUGUGUCGAUGGAUCUUCAACAUCUAUCCGCUCCAAGAAACCCAUUGUCGGCGUCAUUGGACCUGGUUCUAGUUCAGUAGCGAUCCAGGUCCAGAACUUGUUGCAGCUUUUCAAUAUACCUCAGAUUGCUUAUUCUGCCACGAGCAUGGACCUAAGUGACAAAACUCUGUUCAAGUAUUUCAUGAGAGUCGUGCCAUCUGAUGCACAGCAAGCUCGAGCUAUGGUGGACAUUGUCAAGCGCUAUAACUGGACCUAUGUUUCUGCUGUACAUACUGAAGGAAACUAUGGUGAGAGUGGAAUGGAAGCCUUCAAAGAUAUGUCGGCCAAGGAGGGGAUCUGCAUUGCCCAUUCCUACAAGAUCUAUAGCAAUGCUGGCGAACAGAGUUUUGACAAGCUGUUGAAAAAGCUAAGGAGCCACCUGCCCAAGGCAAGAGUGGUUGCCUGCUUCUGUGAGGGCAUGACUGUGAGAGGGCUGCUAAUGGCCAUGAGGCGCUUGGGUCUGGCUGGAGAGUUUUUGCUUCUAGGCAGGUGAGUAACCCUGUAUAAUCAUAGGCGUUCACUGAUAUGCAUAGUACAACUGGGUCAUGUG